AUGGCUACUUCUGAAACCACCACCACAGAACCAGAGAAAACGGAAGGACUCAUCAACUCUCUUCUUGUUGAAAUCGAUAAGCUGAAAGAGGAGUUUGAUGAGCCAACUGACAUCUGCAAAAGCAAGGUGGCACUGUCGAAAAACAAUAUGAAUGUUCCAAAACUGACUGAGCAGGACAAAUGCUUACACACUACAUUUGAUAAGGAGACUUGCCUGCGAAGAAUCAGUACUGGUCUUUUGGAGUUUCAGGUGUACCUGGAAUACCUCCAGAAAAAUUUUAAUAAUAAGGCAAGCUCUAAUGCUCUGCCAAUUGCUACCAAAGCCCUCUUUGAUAUCCUGCACAAAAAGGUAUCUUGCCCAUGUGACAUAACGGGCCCUGCCCCAGAGGUAACUGCCAGCCUGGUGGAAAUGCUAAAUGAGUUGACUGGUUGGGAGAAGAAAACCGCCAUGCGCCUCAUCCUGUGUGACCUUCAGGAGUUCCUGCAGUACACCAUGAGGGUUUCUCGCAUAGUUUAG